GUGAGGUCUCGCCGUUUUAAUUGUGAAACCGCCAAUCUCUGGUCUCCGAGAGAGACAGAGAAGAUACACAGCAAAACCCAAAACCUCAAAAAGCCAUGAAGUUUCAAGUAGAAGACGUCACAGUCUACUUCCCAUACGACCACAUAUACCCAGAGCAAUAUGCAUACAUGCUUGAGCUCAAGCGAGCCCUGGACGCUAAGGGCCACUGCCUCCUGGAGAUGCCCACAGGCACGGGCAAGACCAUUGCCCUCCUCUCCCUCAUCACAAGUUACACUCUCUCCAAGCCCCAAAACCCAGUCAAGCUUAUCUACUGCACUCGCACUGUUCACGAGAUGGAGAAGACUCUCGCUGAGCUCAAGGUCCUCCACAAUUACCAAGUUAAGCAUCUGGGUCCCCAAGCACAGAUCUUGGCUGUGGGGCUUUCGUCUCGGAAGAACCUCUGUGUCAACCCAACUGUCUUGGCCGCCGAAAAUCGAGACUCUGUCGACGCAGCCUGCCGGAAAUUGACUGCCAGCUGGGUGAGAGCCUUGGCCGCUGAGAACCCAAAUGUGCCUACUUGUGAGUUUUUCGAGCAGUAUGAGAAAGCUGGGUCUGGAGCGGUUUUGCCUCCCGGGGUUUAUACCUUGCAGGAUUUGAGGGCGUAUGGGAAGCAGAGAGGGUGGUGUCCCUAUUUCUUGGCAAGGCAUAUGGUGCAGUUCUCCAAUGUGGUGGUUUACAGUUAUCAGUAUAUGCUUGAUCCUAAAGUGGCUGGGAUUAUUUCCAAGGAAAUGCAGAAGGAGUCUGUUGUGGUGUUUGAUGAGGCCCACAAUAUUGAUAAUGUGUGUAUUGAAGCGCUUAGUGUUAGUGUGAGGAGGCAGACACUUGAAGGGGCCAGAAGGAAUCUCAGUAAGAUGCAGCAUGAAAUUGAAAGGUUCAAGGCCACUGAUGCGGAUAGAUUGCGUAAAGAAUACAACCGACUUGUUGAGGGUUUGGCACAAGGAGGAAACCUACCUCUCACAGAUACUUGGCUUCAAAAUCCCGCUCUACCUGAAGAUAUUCUGAAGGAGGCUGUGCCUGGAAAUAUUCGCAAAGCAGACCAUUUUGUGCAUGUGUUACGAAGAUUGGUCCAGUAUUUGGAAGGGCGUCUUGAGACUGAGAAUGUUGAGAAGGAAGGCCCUGUUGGUUUUGUUGCCUCUAUUAGUACACAUGCUGGAAUUGACCAGAAAACUCUGAAGUUCUGUUAUGAUCGCCUACACUCACUCAUGAUGACGUUGGAAAUUACUGACACAGAUGAGUUCUUACACAUCCAAACAAUCUGUGACUUCGCGACACUUGUGGGGACGUACACUCGCGGUUUCUCUAUUAUAAUUGAACCAUUUGAUGAGAGAAUGCCACAUAUUCCUGAUCCUGUUUUGCAGCUUAGCUGUCAUGAUGCAUCUCUUGCCAUAAAACCUGUAUUUGAUCGAUUUCAAUCAGUUGUGAUUACAUCUGGAACCUUGAGCCCGAUUGAUCUCUACCCCCGUCUUCUCAAUUUCCAUCCUGUCGUCAGUCGAAGUUUUACAAUGUCAUUAACAAGAGAUUGCAUCUGCCCAAUGGUUCUCACGCGUGGAAGUGAUCAGCUUCCGGUAAGUACCAAAUUUGAUAUGAGAAGUGAUCUUGGCGUAGUAAGGAACUACGGGAGGCUGCUGCUGGAGAUGGUUUCUGUUGUCCCAGAUGGGGUUGUAUGUUUCUUUGUCAGUUACUCUUAUAUGGAUGGAAUAGUCAAUAGCUGGAACGAAAAUGGAAUUUUAAAGGAAAUAAUGCAGCAUAAGCUUGUUUUCAUUGAGACCCAAGAUGUCGUUGAAACUACUUUGGCUCUUGACAAUUACCGGAAGGCUUGUGAUUGUGGGAGAGGUGCUGUCUUUUUGUCUGUUGCCAGGGGAAAAGUAGCUGAAGGGAUAGACUUUGAUCGACAUUAUGGACGAUUGGUGAUCAUGUUUGGUAUUCCUUUUCAGUACACAUUAAGCAAGAUUUUGCUGGCGCGGCUGGAAUACUUGCGGGAUACCUUUCAAAUAAAGGAAGGAGAUUUUUUGACUUUUGAUGCCUUGAGACAAGCUGCUCAAUGUGUAGGCCGAGUCAUCCGGUCAAAAGCAGACUAUGGCAUGAUGAUAUUUGCUGACAAAAGAUAUAGCCGUCAUGACAAGAGAUCCAAAUUGCCAGGGUGGAUACUGUCACAUUUACGUGAUGCACACCUAAAUUUGAGCACAGACAUGGCUCUGCAUAUAGCACGGGAGUUCCUUAGGAAGAUGGCUCAACCAUAUGAUAAGGCUGGUAGCGUAAGUGGUAGGAAAACCCUUUUGUCCCAAGAAGAUUUGGAAAAGAUGGGCGAAAGCAUUGCUGAUGAAAUGUUGCGUUAAGGAUUCUCUAAAUGAAAGUGAAAUUCAGUGCGGUUAGUGGCCUGUCCUGUUGCUUGUUCAUGAUCUACAGCCCUACACACACGAGUUUGGGCAAGUCGGGGGAUUUUGUUGUCAGUGGUCUGAGAAGUAACGGUGCUGCGUAGUUGACUUCAUGAUAUUCUGUACAAAUUCAUAGUCGUGUACAUUUUUUGCCUGGUUGUAAUUUAUAGCUCUGGCUUGGCUACUUGCGCUCAGUUUUGACUAAGAAUAUGUUUUACGAUGAGUUUAUGAAAGUUCUAUCUAAUUAUCUUCA